AUGUCGAUUCUGCUACGUAGUGUCGCUUGCCAGCGGGCCACGCUGAGGUUUAGCAUAGGCACACAACAGCAACGUUCGCUAUGGGUUGCGGUGCCUGAGGGUCAGGAUGUCAGUCGUGUGGCCAGUCGUAUGCAAACGAUUCUAGCUGAGGACGGCACUCUUAAGUCGUUGGGGCUCAAGCGGUUCCAUGAAAAGAAGUGGCAGAAGCGGAAACGUAAAGUCGAGGAGCAGGAAAUUCGCCGUGCUAAUCGCCGGGUUGGAUCAAUGAUUGAUUUUAUUUUGCGCCGCAAGAAUAUGGGUCAUUGA